CCCGGUGAUCUUUCAGGGACAAACAUGCCUGCUACCUUCGGUCACCUGGCAGGAGGAUAUGAUGCUCAGUACUAUGGUUACCUGUGGAGUGAAGUCUUCUCCAUGGACAUGUUCUAUGCCCGUUUCAAACAAGAAGGCAUCAUGGACCCUAAGGUGGGUCUGGACUACAGGAAGUGCAUUCUGAAGCCUGGAGGAUCUGAGGAUGCUGUUGACAUGCUGAAGAAGUUCCUGGGAAGAGAACCCAAGCAGGAUGCUUUCUUCCUGAGCAAAGGACUCACGGUUGAGCUGGAGUCGGGCAAGCCCUGCGCCUGCUGACUGCCUGAAUGUAGGCUAAGCCCUUAAAGUCUCAGACUGAUACCUCCUAAAAAAAAAAAAAAAAAAAGCUCAUUCACUUAUCACACCUUCUCCCAACCCUGCACUUGUGC